AUGCAUAACAGUAACUCUAGCGACUCAGACUCUGACGAGAGUACAGGGGGUUAUUGGUUGAGGUUUCCUCUUAGACCGACUGGUCAAGUAGGCAGGGGUACUGACUUUAGCCAGCCUGACUUGCCCCAGACAAGCCAAGCCCCUGAGAACACGAGUAACCGCUUUCUGUUGCCAGUAAGAGACAGUGAUGGAACCAGUGCGCCAGAAGGACACUUACAGACUGAAAGAGACAGCCAUGUGCCACAGGUGACCCCCGCCCCUGUGGUAUCAGCCCCACCAGCUCACUCUGGAGAAGGAAGUGAAGAAGGAGACCACCGGCGCACUCUAACCCACGCUGGAGAUGGAGACCACUCGUCUUCCUCACGUCACCGUGAAGCCCCCCGGGCUUUUGAAGAUCGAGUUCACUUCCCUCCGCAGGGUUUUUAUCCUCCGCAGGUGGUUCUCCCUCCGCAGGGUUUUUAUCCUCCGCAGGUGGUUCUCCCUCCGCAGGGUUUCUAUCCUCCGCAGGUGGUCCUCCCUCCGCAGGGUUUCUAUACUCCGCAGGUGGUCCUCCCUCCGCAGGGUUUCUAUCCUCCGCAGGGUUUCUAUCCUCCGCAGGUGGUUCUCCCUCCGCAGGGUUUCUAUCCUCCGCAGGUGGUUCUCCCUCCGCAGGGUUUCUAUCCUCCGCAGGGUUUUUAUCCUCCGCAGGUGGUCCUCCCUCCGCAGGGUUUCCAUCCCCUGCAGGUGGUCUUCCUACCUCAGGAUUUCUACCUCCCACAGGUGGACUUCUAUCCUCCUCAGGUGGACUUCUAUCCUCCUCAGGUGGACGUCUAUCCUCAGCAGGUGGACGUCUUUCCUCCGCAGGUGGACGUCUUUCCUCCGCAGGUGGACGUCUUUCCUCCGCAGGUGGACGUCUUUCCUCCGCAGGUGAACGUCUUUCCUCCGCAGGUGGACCUGCCUCCUCAGGUGGACGUCUUUCCUCCGCAGGUGGACCUGCCUCCGCAGGUGGACGUCUUUCCUCCGCAGGUGGACGUGGACGUCUUUCCUCCGCAGGUGGACCUUGUGGAUGUCCACUCUCCCUCUUCUCCUCUAUCUUCUUCCCCUCCAGAUUCUUCCUACUUUCUUUGUCCUUCCCCAGCACCUUCCUCUCCUGAUGUGGAUCCCUCGUCUCCCUCUGUUUCUUGCUCUUCUGUUUUUUCUUCCACAGAUUUCCAGAGCCCUGAAGAGUUCCUGGACUUCUUUGUCCAGACUCUGGAUUCAGCUCCUGCCUCCCCCACUACUUCUCCUCAGGUUCCUCCUAGCUAUGGAGCAGCUGCCCCUUCCCCACCUGUUUCUACACCUCCUUCUCCUCGUCUCUCCUCCCCCUCACGCCCUUUCUCUCCCACUUCUUCCUCGGCCCCUUUCUUGUCUUCUUUUUCUUCCCCAGAUUUCCAGAGCCUUGAAGAGUUCCUGGACUUUUCUCUGCAGACUCUGGAUCCAGCUCCUGCCUCCCCCACUAAUGCUCCUCUUCUUUUCCCUCCCAUCUUUGGUGCAGCCGUCCCCUCUCCUCCUGGCACUGCCCCUCCAUCUCCCCUCCUUGCUUCCCCCUCACGCUCUUUCUCUCCCUCUCCCUCUCCAGAUGCGGAGGUGUUUGUUUUAGGUCCAGAGCUUCCUAAUCUCCUUUCAGUGCCUGUUCCAGGUUUCUGUGGUCCAGGAGACUCAGUUCCUAACACUGCUUCUCCCUCUUGUUCCCGUAAACGUAGCAGGGACGAGUGCACCGCUGAGACCAGCUCCAAGAGGCGGCGCUGCUCCUCUCCUGCCUCUUCUCCUCUGGUCUCCCCUGAUCCCUCUUCUUCCUCCCACUCUCCUUCCUCCUAA